AAGGCGGGGAGAGGAGCGCGGGCGGCAGUUGCUGUGGUUUCCCGGUUGCGGUUCUUGUGUCUUUUGGGAGCUGAGACUAGCGGACGUAGUGUCUUGCGACCAACUUUACCCGCAAGUGACUACAGAUCAGGCGGUCGGGAGCUCAGCGUCUCUUCCUCCGACCAGGCUCGGCCCUUGUUUUCCCUUCACCACUUGGUGCCCAUAUCUAGGUCGGCUCCGGCGCGGCUGAGAAGGCCGCGGGCGAGAUGUUCAAAAACACGUUCCAGAGCGGCUUCCUCUCCAUCCUCUACAGCAUUGGCAGCAAACCCCUGCAGAUCUGGGACAAAAAGGUGCGGAAUGGCCACAUCAAAAGAAUCACUGAUAAUGACAUCCAGUCCCUGGUGCUAGAGAUCGAAGGAACGAAUGUGAGCACCACGUACAUCACCUGUCCUGCAGACCCAAAAAAGACAUUGGGGAUUAAACUUCCCUUCUUCGUCAUGAUAAUCAAAAAUUUGAAGAAAUACUUUACCUUUGAAGUACAGGUACUGGAUGACAAGAAUGUGCGUCGGCGGUUUCGGGCAAGUAACUACCAGAGCACCACCCGAGUCAAACCCUUCAUCUGUACCAUGCCCAUGCGGCUGGAUGACGGCUGGAACCAGAUUCAGUUCAACCUGGCCGACUUCACACGGCGGGCGUAUGGCACCAAUUACAUCGAGACCCUGAGAGUGCAGAUUCACGCAAACUGUCGCAUCCGACGGGUUUACUUCUCAGACAGACUCUACUCAGAAGAUGAGUUGCCAGCCGAGUUCAAAUUGUAUCUCCCAGUUCAGAACAAAGCCAAGCAAUAACUAGAAUGCACCUUGAGGGAUGUCAGACCCUGGACAUGGCUCUUAGUUUGAAAAGGAAACUAUCUGGAGGACAAUGCAAAAAACAAAUAUUUCUAUUAGUUUACUGUGCUGUGGUUCUUUUAUCUACCACUUGGUGUCCCUUGUUGCAGACACCAGCGACCAUGGCAGGAUGCCGUCGUCACAUUGCAGGUGCUGUGGGGGGUAGGCCGGGCUCUGGGGCACCAGUGCUGGACUUUACCCAGCAGCCUGCCCCAGUGUGUGGAGACACAUUUACCGCCAGAACUACAGAACUAAAGAUGUUCCCUAAAGCAAUUUCAGACCAAUAUUUCUUCCUAUGGUUUGUUCAUUGUUUUAUAUAUUAUCUAAAUAUAUGUAUAUGCUGUGUAAUACUCAUAAUCUGGAAAUGAAUA